AUGUGUGACCAGCUGAGGACAUACCCUAGAUCCUCCACAUCAUAUGGGAAGACUGCAAGUAAAGUUGCAAAGCUCGCUCCGCAUAUACUACGUCCAUGUUAUAGCCAACCAUCGGAUAUUAUUCCAAGUCAGUGGAAGAAGACUCGCUCCCUAAGCUACCGAAACUAUGUGGAAUCUGGAGGAGUUUUGAAUGGAAAAUGGCACUUGGCAUGGGAUGACAUCGAACGCAUGGAAGAUCUGGGCAUUGUAGAAAACACACAGCAAGCAACCCAGGAUAGGAAAUUGGCACCUUUGAGCCAGAUAAUGGAUGUCGACAACUUAAAACUCAGAUUUCUCUCAUACCUUGAGGUCAUAAUCUGUCGCAUCAUCAUGAAGCAAUAUGUUGCAGCAGUGAGAGUUCCAGGAAGCAGUAGGUUAUAUGUAAUCACAUUACAUCCGUACCUCGGGCUUGUAGAAGCACCAGUCAGUGCUAUGACUAUCCUUACUAAUAUGAAAAGAGGCGACAAACUUCUCAGCCCUCCUGGGAUUGUCAAGUCCAUCCAUACAGAGCUACCACAGGAGAAGUUUCUCAGCGAACGCAGCCCUCGGGUUGAUCCAGAUCGCUUGAGUCUACUUUCGCUGUAUUCUGUUUGGUCCGAAUCACCUAGCCGAUAUAGCUCCUUGGCUGCCAGCGUGCCAAUACCGGGGACUUCGACCUGAUCCAACAAUGAAGGCGCCACGAGCCCAUUUUCUACUCAGGGGAAACCUUUGCCCGCGAGGUAUGAGAUCCAGGGGCCAAGCUUUCCUCACUGGCAUAGUCAUGAACAG